ACUAGUUGACCAAGAUGUCGCACAAAACUCUUAAAUUAAGCGCUAUUAAAGCAAAUAUACGAAAUGUACUUGAAAAUAUACAACAACUGGAGCACCUGAUUGGCGACGACGCACAGGAGUUCAAUGCGGAGCAGGCGAAGGAACUGCAGAGCAGCACGACAACCCUGCUGGAUGCACUUGACCAAAUUCCCGUGGCCAAAGUAGCCGGCAUACAAAAACAAAGAAGACGCCGGCGUCGCUUGGAUAAACAAAGGAAAAAGGAACUAAAAUGUAGGUCCAAGAAACCAAAGGUGGCCUUAAAGAACCUUAAAGAGGCCUUAAUUGGACCGCAGCUGACUGAGACCAGAGAGAAACAGGCGGAACACAUCUCCCUUAGGAAGCGCCAUGACGCCGCCUCCAUAUUGCAAACAUUCGAUCUUUUGGAGAAACUGUGCGAAUAUAGGGGAGGCGACAAGGUAGCUCUCAGCCAAAAGCUGAUCCAAAUGCGGCUGGUUUGGCGGGGAGUUCAGCAGGAGAACGAGGUCGACCAUGACAGGGAGUCUCAGAAGAGGGUUUCCUCAAUAGAAUCGCAAUGGCAGGAGGUUUUCUUUGGAAAAUCUUUAGAUUUCGUUAGAGAAAACAAGGAAACAAUCUGCCAGAGGCGUUCCAUAUGGGAUUCUUAUAUAAGCUAUGGAGAGAGAGCCAGCUGUAUUCCCAGAGGAUGGGUGCUACCACCUGAACAUCCCUCUGAUCUGUGGAUGGAAUACAGAACUGCGUAAAUAUAAAUUUAAUUGCUAAGGAAAUCCACUUUAAUUAGGAAGAA